AUGGAAGCUCUGGGAGGUUCCUCAUUUCCGUCAUUCACCCAACCACUAAUCUCAACAACCGUAUUUGAAAAACCCAUUUUUCAGAUUCCUUUAACUCAGAAAUUAACUUCACAUGUCCCUGUAGUUCUAAGCAAGAAAGGAAAUUUAAAGAGUUUUACAGCCAUUUCUCCAACUGUCCUAUCUACUGAGGAAUCUGAAAAUUCUUCAUCCCCUGAUCAAGAAACUGAAGCAGAAAUUGAAGAAGAGAAAUUUGAUUGGUUUGCACAAUGGUACCCAGUGACGCCAAUUUGUGAUCUUGACAAAAGAAGACCUCACGGGAAGAGAGUAUUGGGAAUUGACAUAGUGAUUUGGUGGGAUAGAAAUGAGAAUGAAUGGAAAGUGUUUGACGAUAGUUGUCCUCACAGAUUGGCUCCUCUGUCCGAAGGAAGGAUUGAUCAAUGGGGUAGGCUGCAGUGUGUGUACCAUGGAUGGUGCUUUGGUGGUUCUGGUGAUUGCAAGUUCAUCCCUCAAGCACCCCGGGACGGCCCUCCGGUUCACACUUCCUCGAAGGCAUGUGUAGCUGUGUAUCCAAGUUGUGUACUAAAUAAUAUUCUUUGGUUUUGGGCAAGCUCUGAUCCGCUAUAUAGAGAUGUUCUAUCAAAGAAAAAGCCUCCAUACAUCCCAGAACUUGAUGACCCUUCAUUCUCCAAUACGAUGAUAUGCAGAGAUUUACCUUAUGGGUAUGAAGUUCUGAUUGAAAAUCUUAUGGACCCUGCUCAUGUCCCAUACGCACAUUAUGGAAUAAUGAGAAUCCCAGACACGCCAAAGAGUCUGAAGGCUGAUAGGGAAGGCGGCAAACCACUUGAAAUGACCAUAGAGAAACUAGACAUAAACGGGUUCACCUCGAAGCAAUUACUUGUGAACAGCUAUUUUAUUCCACCAUGCAUGUUCUAUGGUGCUUUCAGUUCAGGAGGGGGUCCAAGUAAGAAGUCCCCAUUAUCUGCUGGAACCACAGAGGAGCCACCAUCAUCCGUACCCAUGAAAAAAAUGUUUCUGAUUUUCUACUGUAUUCCAGUCAGUCCGGGUAAUAGCAGGUUGAUACUUGCCACUUCGAGAAACUUUGGGGCCUGGAUGCAGCGAUUUGUUCCACGUUGGCUCUUUCAUAUCAGGCAAAACUUAGUUUUAGAUUCGGAUCUAUAUCUUCUUCAUAUGGAGGAUCGCAAGACAAUGGAUGUUGGCCCUCUUAAUUGGCAUAAAUCUGGCUUUGUGCCAACUAAGGCAGAUGCUAAUGUGAUUGCCUUCAGAAGGUGGUUAAACAAGUAUGGAGGCACUCAAGUUGACUGGGGAACAAGGUUUAGCAGAUUACUCCCACCAACUCCUCCUAGAGAUCAGCUAUUUGAUAGGUAUUGGUCCCAUACAGUGAAUUGCAGUAGUUGCUAUCUUGCAUAUAAACGUCUCAACGCACUUGAGGUCGCGCUGCAGGUCAUCUGCAUUGUUUCAAUUGGAAUAGUUGCUGCAGGCAAGCAUGGUAUUAUGUCUGUGGCUGCGAGGAACACCCUGGCAUCCAUGGCUGUACUAUGCUUUGUGGCUUCGAAAUGGUUGUCUCACUUUAUCUACAGAACUUUUAAGUACCAUGAUUACGAUCAUGCCUUCCGCUGA